AGUCUUUGUUAUGUGCAGACAUGUCUGGCUUGAAAUGGGCUUAAGAGAUCAAUCGCUGUCUCUGUAAAUACAAUCCAAGCAGCAACGUGCACGCAGAUUGAAUUGAAUAAAACAGAUUGGAAAAAGGUCGCCUACUCGUCAUGCUCGUGUACACGCUAGGAUUCCAUGAAAACAUAAUUCAUUUUUUUGUUAUUGAGUAGUUCUUAGCUCGUUGUUUGUUCACUAUUAAGACGCCAUUUACUGUAUAUGUAGGAGCUGGCUAUCAAGGUCACGUGUUCAUUUACAUAUUACCGUUCAGAGAGGUGGCACAGCAAGGCAGUGUGUGGAAGGAUCACAUAGAAUAGAAGGCAUUUUACAGAAGAUGGAGGUUCCAGAAGGGCCUGAGAAUUUUGAAGGAGUCCCAAACAUGCCGAAAGUGUUCGGCGAUGCAACGCAGGCUGUUAAGGUAUUCUCAGAAUACAAUAGACUCGCAUUCUCAGAUGAGUUUCAGCAAAUCUUUAAUGAAAGGUUGGAUUUCACUAAGCCAGAUGUCCUAGUGAAAGUACAGAGUGUCUGGCUACAGGCAAGCUAUAAAGCACUGGAUAACACUGGAUUCGGUCACCUGAAGGAUAUGUUAGGACCAGGAAAAAUACCAGACCUCCUUAAACUGAUGUUCAUGGCGUACAAUGAUUGUCCAGAGGUGAUUAAAUUAGGGGCGUUUAUACGGGGUCCUUAUGCCCAAACACCCCCUCCAAAUGUGGUCACUGUUGGAAGUAACUUGCCGGAGCUCACUCUGAUCUCCCUGGCCGGCGAGACUGUAGGACUUUCUGAUCUUCAUAUCAACAAGGAUAGACCGAUGAUGAUUAUGUCUUCAUCAGCCUCCUGACCCCCGCUUAGGGCCUGUGUAGUAGGUGGUACGCUUGCAGAUAUUGUUCGUGACUACCGAGGCCAGGUCGAUUUCUUAGCCGUCUACCUUGCUGAAGCUCAUGCCGAGGGAACAUGGCCUCUAGGAAGUAACACCAGCUACAUGAA